AAGGUGGCGCGCACGCGCAUAGUAUAAGUAAUUUGACAGAAGGUACAGAUUGUGAGUAGCAUUGAACAAGUUAUUAACGUCCAUUGUGUUGUAAAAGUGACUGCUUUUAAGUUUGCCAGCAGAUAGUUGACUGUUUAGCUGAAUGUUGAACGGUUUAUGAUAGUUGAAAGAUGUCUUCGCCAAGUGCUGGAAAAAGACGGAUGGACACCGAUGUCAUUAAACUUAUUGAAAGCAAACAUGAAGUUACAAUUAUGAGUGGAUUGAACGAUUUUUGCGUUAAAUUUUAUGGACCUCGUGGAACACCGUACGAAGGUGGUGUUUGGAAGGUUCGUGUUCACUUGCCAGAGCAUUACCCGUUUAAAUCCCCGAGCAUAGGAUUUAUGAAUAGGGUUUACCAUCCGAAUAUAGACGAGGUCUCAGGUACAGUUUGUCUGGAUGUUAUUAACCAGGCAUGGACUGCCUUAUACGAUUUAUCAAAUAUAUUUGAAUCGUUUCUGCCGCAAUUAUUAACAUACCCGAAUCCCAUAGAUCCAUUAAACGGAGAUGCGGCCGCUAUGUAUCUUCAUAAACCUGAAGAAUAUAAGAAGAAAGUAACAGAAUAUGUAAGAAAGUACGCCACGGAAGAAGCAUUGCGAGGUCAGGAGACAAAUGUGAGCUCGGAUAGCGAGUCUAGCAUGUCGGAUUUUUCGGAAGACGAAGCGGAAGACAUGGAAUUAUAACGCAAGCUGUACGCACACGGAUGCAGCCGCUCAAUAUCUAUAUUUUCAAUUGCUUCAUUUUAAUCAGCCAUUUAAUUUCCUCAGUGUUCAUAGUUGCGUGCGUUGCGUGCUAAAGAGUGCUUACUAAGUUGUUGUUAGAAUUGUUAUUUUAGUUGAUUAUUAUUAUUUAUUUAACGAUGACCAAAUAGCGGGAGUUUAUUUAUUUUUUUUAAACACCUUUUUUUGUAUUUUUCAAUGUUUUCAGCAUCCCGCGUCUCUUCUCAAAUUAUUACUUACUUUCACAUAGCCUUUUCCCGGCACCCUCUCUUCAAGUUUUUUUUUAUAAUAUAAUUUUAGUUUAAGUAAUAAUACGAUAGGAAAUAUUGGGGUAGAAGUUUCGCUGGAGAGAAUUUAACAAUAUAAUAGAUAUUAUCUGUGUUAAAAAAAGGUGUUUACAGUCUUCGUAAAAUGAAUAUAUUGUUAUUAUAUUAAGCAUAAAUUUUUUUUGGGUCAAAAUUUAAGAAUCAUGUUUUAGUAUUAAUUUUAUAUAUCGAAUUUGUAAAAUGAAAUUAUAACAAGAAAAGAAAGAAUUUGUAAUAUUUAAGAUCAAGUACUUAGAACACCAUUAAUUGAUUUUUUUGUACCAAAUUCUAUUUGUUAAAUAAUUUAUUAGUUUGUAAUUUUUAUCAUUUAAGCAUGGGU